AUGAAGUUGGACCUCACUAUAUUCCUCUCCGCCGUCAUUGGCGCUCAAGCUGUCUUUGCUACCCCGAUCCGUUCACGUACUCCCUACAGUGUCAAGGAGACGCACAAUGUGCCUCGAAAAUGGAAGAAUCUUGGCCGAGCUGCUGGCGACCAUAUGCUUCAUCUCCAGAUUGGGUUGAAGCAGGACAAGUUUGACGAACUGGAUAGACACUUGUACGAAGCUCCAGUCUCUGAUCCCAAUCACAGCCGAUAUGGGAAUCAUCUCUCUUUCGAGGAUGUUACUGAGCUCGUCAAGCCCGCCGAAGAGACUCUCGACCUUGUCCACGAAUGGCUGUUAACCAAUGGCGUCAGGGAAUUGGCCUACAGCCCAGCAAAGGACUGGAUCAACAUCUAUAUUGAUGUGGAAUCUGCCGAAAAGCUUCUGGACACCGAGUACUCUGUAUUCCAGCAUGAGGAUGGCUCUGCUUUGGUCCGGACCUCUCACUGGUCCCUGCCAGCUCAUCUACACGAACAUAUUGAUACUGUCCAGCCCACGACAUCUUUCAUGCGUUCAGCUCCGCAGAAAUCCGACUAUAUUCAAUUCGACCAGCCAUAUACACCCCCAGGAUACAAGCCCCCGACCAAUGAGACAAUUGCCAAAGUCUGUCGUCUCUUCACGGUCACCAUUGAAUGUUUUCAAACUUUGUAUGGUACAAUAGAUUAUCAGCAGAAGGUUCCCGGAAUCAACAAGAUUGCAUUCAAUAACUAUCUCGGCCAACGUCCAAUCCGACCAGAUGUAUUCUCGUUCUUACAGAAGUAUCGCCCUGAGGCUGCUCCAAACGCAUACGCCUUCAAGUCAAUUGAAAUUGACGGUGGUCCAGCAGCUCAGAAUACGUCUUUAACCUUUGAACAAGCCGCUGGGGAUGACAUUUCAAAGGAAGCAAACUUGGACGCCCAGACUAUUCUCGGAAUGACCUACCCUCAACCUGUAUACUCAUACUCAACUGGAGGAAGUCCACCUUUCCUCCCGGACAUCAACACCCCAACGAACACCAACGAGCCAUACCUGACUUGGGUAAACUAUGUAAUGGGCCAGAAGGAUGUUCCACAGGUGAUUAGCAGCUCUUAUGGAGAUGACGAACAAACAGUGCCCAAAUCGUAUGCCGACAGAGUGUGCAAGCAAUAUGCCCAGCUCGGAGCUCGAGGUAUAUCCCUUUUGGUGUCUAGUGGCGACGGUGGCCUUGGCGGCGAAGACAGCUCUGGGUGCCUCACCAACGACGGCAAGAACACAACUACCUUUAUCCCUUCCUUUCCACCCAGUUGCCCGUACGUAACCGCCGUAGGGGCUACGCAGGAAUUUGAGCCUGAGGUUGCAGCAUUCCGCGCCCCUGGAUUAGGACCUGAUAAUAAGACGCACGGAUUUUACGCCUCUGGUAGCGGUUUCAGCAAUUACUUUGAUCGCCCUUCAUAUCAAGAUGCGGUUGUGCCGGCCUAUGUUUCCGCAUUGGGUGGAUUGUACGAAGGACUCUAUAACAAAAACGGCCGUUCAUACCCAGAUCUUGCUGCCCAAGGUCUCUACUUUGCAUUCUGGUGGAACGGAACCGAGAGUUCCAUCUCCGGAACCUCCGCUUCCUGUCCGCUCAUGAGUUCCAUCAUCUCACUCGUGAACGACGAAUUAAUCUCAUGUGGCAAGCCGCCUCUAGGCUUCCUCAACCCCUGGCUAUACUCAAAGGGCUACAAGGGUUUCACUGACAUUCUGGGCGGAAACACCUCGAGCUGCGGUACUGCUGGUUUCCCCGUCACUAAAGGAUGGGAUCCUAUCACGGGGUUCGGCACACCUAGUUGCUCAAACUCGCAAAAGACUAGAGUUAUCUACAAUAGCGACCCUCUAUUUAUUGAGACAGAGUAA